AUGCACUCACCUCGCGGUCGCCUCCAGGCGCCCGCGCCGCAUCCGAGCCUCCCAGGCCGGCUCCCGCUGCUCGCGUGCCCCGUGUGGCCGGCUGCUGGGCCGAAUGUACUCGGCGAACGCGAGGACAGGAUGCUCGACCACAGCCGGCUGCCGCCCGGCCCAUCCGCCUCCUGCCCCGCGCCUGGCUUCCGCGGCCUCCGCACGGCCAACCCCGAGCUCGGCCCCUCUGCAUCGGCCCGCACCUCCACAAGCAUGUGCCCCGGCCGUCGCCUGCGCCCGCCGGCUCCGGAUCCCCGCCGGGUCGCCUCCGGGUGCCCCGCACCAACCAGCUCCGGGUCCCCGCCGGGUCGCCUCCUUCCCACCCUCACGCCGGCCUCUCCACCUCUUGCGCCGGCUCCCGUGGCCGCCCCGUCCCUCAACCCGGCCCCCGGCUCCCCAGGCCGGCCCGACCAACCGCCGGCUCCCCCUCGACCCGGCCCGCCGGCUCUGCCUGCGCCGGCUUCUGCCGUGUCCGCGCCCGCCGGCUCCGCGCGAACCGGCCGCGCGCCGGUUCCGCGCGACUCGGCGCCAUCCGGCGUCCCCGGCGGCCUCCCACGCUGGCUGGCUCGCGCCCGCACGGCCGGCUCCACCCGCCACCCGGCCGGCUCCGCCGCUUGCCGGCCCCGCCCGCAUCCCGGCCGCCGGCUCCCCAGGCCGGCCCGACCAACCGCCGGCUCCCCCCUCGACCCGGCCCGCCGGCUCCACCUGCGCCGGCUUCUGCCGUGUCCGCGCCCGCCGGUUCCGCGCGACUCGGCGCCGUCCGGCGUCCCCAAGGCCUCCCACGCUGGCUGGCUCGCGCCCGCACGGCCGGCACCACCCGCCACCCGGCCGGCUCCGCCGCUUGCCGGCCCCGCCCCGCAUCCCGGCUAG